UUGGAAACCGAAGAUAUGAAGUGAAAUGUGCGGGAAAAAUAUGUGGUGAUGGAUUUUUCCGUGCGCAUGUAAUGUUCUUUUCGUCUUCCCCUCAACUACUGGGCUUCGAUUUCUUCAUCCGAUGAGCAGCAAUAAUCUCAAUUUCCGUUUCCAUUGACUGCUCGCCGGAGCCAAUUUCAGUUCAGAAAUGGCCCAAUUCACUGCACACAGUCGGGUUAAGUUGCUGCUCAACGGUGACGGAGUCCCAUUCGGUUCAGAACCCAAAGAUCGAUUCAGAUACAAGCUCAGAUUAGUACGAACCCUCAAACGCAGGAUCCCCCUGUCUGGUCCCUCUCCUUCUACAUCCUCUGCUUCAGCUUUGAGGAAAUCCGCUCAGCAUGCUGCGGAAGUGCGUGUUGGUGUGAGAGGUGAGAGCGUUAGCGGUGACGACGCCAUUGUUGAUCUUGAUUAUGACUACGAGUUUGAGACCGACGAUUUGGCUUGCUUCAGAGGUCUCGUUUUGGAUAUUUCCUACAGGCCAGUUAAUGUUGUUUGUUGGAAACGUGCAAUUUGUUUGGAGUUCAUGGAGAAGGCUGAUGUCUUGGAAUACUAUGACCAGACUGUGAGUUCUCCAAGCGGAUCCUUCUAUAUACCAGCAGUCUUACGGGUUCCCCAUUUAUUGCAAGUUGUUAAGAGGAGAAGAAUCAAGAACUCUUUGAGUCGUAAAAACAUACUUUAUCGGGACAAUUACACUUGUCAGUAUUGUUCAUCACAUGAGAGUUUGACCAUUGACCAUGUCUUGCCCAUAUCCCGGGGUGGAGAAUGGACAUGGGAAAACCUGGUUGCUGCCUGUGUACAAUGUAAUUCAAAGAAAGGCCAAAAGACCGUAGAAGAAGCAAAUAUGAAGCUGAAAAAAACUCCCAAGGCCCCUAAAGAUUAUGAUAUACUUGCCAUUCCUCUAACAAGUACAGCAAUAAAGAUGUUGAAACUGAGAAAGGGGACCCCUGAAGAAUGGCGUCAAUAUCUGUCAAGUGAGCAAUGACCUUGUAUUUAGGUGGUACAUAUAAAUUCUUCUUUGCACAUAAUAUAAUGCACAAACUCCACGUAAUACUUGGUUCUUAUAAGACUUCUAUGGUACCUUCUAAAUAGCUUAAUCUAUCAUUAGUUCCCAUAACCAUUUUGCA